GGAAAAAGAAGGCUGCUGAUCCAGGAGAGAAAGGCAGAGAACCGCUGGCCUUUCUCCUAAUCCUACCUCUACCAAGAGCCUCUUCCUUCUGGCAGAUUCUAUGAUGCUUCAGGAAGCUACAGACAUGGAUCAUGAAGAAAGACUCCGAGACCAACAACUGGAGCCAGCUAAGAAGAGUCAGCAGCAGCAGAUGGAGCCAGAAGUAGCCUCUGGAUCCUCAGAAUUAAGGAUUCUCCUCCUGGGGAAACAUGGUGCAGGAAAAAGUGCAACAGGCAAUAGCAUCCUGGGGAAGCGAGUGUUUGAGUCCAAAUAUAGUGAAGAGCCUCAGACCAAAAUUUGCAAGAAAGAAAGUGGAACUGUGGGAAAGAGGGAAGUUGUGGUUAUUGAUACCCCUGAUCUUUUUUCUACAAGGAUCUCUGCUGGAGAGAGGGAACAAGAGGUCAGGCAAUGUAUCACCCUCUGCUCUCCAGGUCCCCACAUCCUGCUCCUUGUGACAUCUCUGAAUUCUAUCACAGUGGAAGAUGAAGAGGUGGUGAAGGGCAUUCAGAAGAUCUUUGGAGCUGAAGCUAUGAGGCACAUGAUAUUGCUUUUCACAAGGAAAGAAGAGCUGGAGAAUGACUUACUUCAAGAGUACAUUAAAGAAAUUGACAAUGAGUAUCUCAAGAAUCUGGUUCUGAACUGUGGGGACCAGUAUUGUGCUUUCAACAACAAAGCAGGUGUAGCAGAACAGGAUACUCAGGUUAGGAGUCUCUUUGAACAGAUUGAUUUGCUGAUGGAGAAGAAUGGCCAAUCUUAUGCACACUUGAAUGCAAAUAUAGGAAUGAAAGAAAACAAUAUAGACUCCAAAACAGAUAUGUUACCAAGACUACCAAGUCCCCAAGAUUCCCAGGGAUUUGUGAAUAUAGUCAAGACCUAUCAAAAGGAAGACAAUGCAUCUGGAUCUGGGUAUAUGAUAGAGCCCAAGCAGGACAAAGAGAUAGAUGAAUUGAGGAUUCUUCUUGUGGGAAAACAUGGUUCAGGGAAAAGUGCAGUGGGAAACAGCAUCCUGGGAAGGUGCAUAUUUGAGUCCAGACUCAGUGAGCAGCCAGUGACCCAAGUGUGCAGGAAAGAGCAGCGCAUCUGGAGGCAAAGAAAAGUUGUGCUCAUUGACACUCCAGAUAUCUUUUCCCGACUGGACUCCCAGAAAGAGCUCUGCAAUCUCUCCUCUAUGUGCUCCCCAGGCCUGCACGCCCUCCUUCUAGUGACCCCUCUGCAGUUCUACACAGAGAAAGAUGAGACAGUGGUGGGGAACAUCAAAAAGGUUUUUGGGGAAGAAGCUCUGAGGAAACACUUGAUUGUUCUGUUCACCCGGAAAGAAGACUUGGCAGGCAAGGACCUGAUGGAAUUCAUAGAGAAUGCAGACAGACCUCUUAAGAAACUCAUUUUGGAUUGUGGACUUCAGUACUAUGCUUUCAAUUACCGAGUCACAGGAGAGGAGGAACAACUCCAAGUGAAUGGGCUUCUGGAGGAGAUCAACAAAAUGGUAGACAGGAAUGGAGGCUCAGUGUUGCUGAGAGAAUUGAGGCUCAUCCUCGUAGGGAAAACAGGAAGUGGGAAGAGUGCAACUGGAAAUAGCAUCCUUGGCAAGAAAGCCUUUACAUCUAAGCUCAGUUCCAGGCCAGUGACUGAGAGCUGCCAAAGAGAGAGCAGAGAAUGGCAUGGAAGAAGGCUUGUGGUCAUUGACACCCCAGAUAUCUUUUCCUCCAAUGCCCAACCAAAUAAAGAUCUGGAGAUCUGUCGCUGUAUGGCCCUCUCUUCUCCAGGGCCUCAUGUCCUACUCCUGGUGAUCCAGUUGGGCCAUUACACCAAUGAGGACAAGGAGGCUCUUAGGCGAAUCCAGGAGAUAUUUGGAGAGGGGAUCCUGUCCCACACUAUCCUUGUUUUCACCAGGAAAGAAGACUUAGGGAUGGAUACUCUGGAGGAAUACUUAAAAGAAACAAAGAACAAAAGCUUGGCCUGGCUGAAUGAGGUGCGUAAAGGAUUUUAUUGUGGUUUCAACAACAAAAUUGAAGGGGAGGGACAGGAGACCCAACUAAAGGAACUGAUGAAGAUGAUAGAAAAAGUUCUCUGGAAAAAUGACUUCUGCUGCUACUCCAAUGAGGUAUAUGAGUAUAUCCAGAAAAAUAUUCAGCAGUUAAGAGAGGAUCUGGGAGAAGAAUCAAUAGGCCAGGAACAGGGUUCUAAGGCAGCUUUCUAUAAGGAGAAUGUGGCAUCAAAGGAAUCAGAUCAAAACUGCUCUGCCCUAGAGAGUCUGAUGACCAUUCAGAGGAAAUAUGAGCAAAGUCAACAAUCAGUGCUGAAGAACUUACUGACUCCUUGGUUGGAGCACCUUCUGGACAAGUUUCCAUCUCAGCUUCCUCUUUACAAAAGUGAAAGCAAUAGCUCAGAUUGCUUUGCUAGGCUGGUGGAGAAGACCAUUCCCCUCUCUCUGGGAGAAGAGAACACCGGUUUACGGUGCCCACCCUUAGAAGAAAUGGCUGGCUACCAAUCCCUUGAACAAACUCUGCAGAAAGGAAAGCAGAAGAUGAAGAAAGGAAAAGAUGGAGAUGUUGAUGUGGAAGGCCGUGACAUUCAUCAAAACAGUGAGCCACUGAGGAUCAUCCUGGUGGGGACAACAGGAGCUGGGAGAAGUGCUACAGGAAAUACUAUCCUUGGACAGAAAGUAUUUGAGUCCAAGCUAGGAUCCCACGCAGUGACCAAGAAGUGUCAGAUGGAAACUGGGAUGUGGAAUGGGAGAAGAAUAUUGGUGAUUGAUACUCCUGACUUCUGUGAGCCAAGUGCCUGGACUGAAGAGAUGUACAAGGAAAUUGGAGAGUGUUACCUUCUCUCCUCCCCAGGUCCCCAUGCAUUUGUCUUAGUGACUCAGAUUGGGCGCUAUACAGCAAAAGAUAAGGAGACAAUGAGGAAGGUAAAGAAAAUCUUUGGAGUAGAAGCCAUGAGGCACCUAGUUAUGCUUUUCACCCGCAAAGAAGAUUUAGGGGAAUCUUUAGAGGAUUAUGUAACAAAUACUGAUAACAUAGACCUACGAAGGGGGAUCCAAGAGUGUGGCAGGCGAUUCUGUGCCUUCAACAACCGGGCCACUGGGGAGGAACAGAAGGCUCAGGUGGCGGAGCUGAUGUUUGUGAUUCAGAGGAUGGAGGAAGAGAAUGGAGGCAGUUAUUACAGCAAUGCUCUUUACCUUGAUGCUGAGAUGUUCCAGAGAUUUAACAAUAGAGGGUCUGAAGAAAGCUACCAAAACUACCUACAAAAAGUGAAAUUCCACCUUCAAAAGCAGACAUUGGACCUAAGAGAGGCUGAGGCUAACUUUAUUGUCCAGGCAUUUUUGAGGGCCCAAAAAUGGGUUUCUUCUAACCACAGAAUCUGUUUAUGUCUUUUGCUUUUUGUCUUGGCUUUUCUUAUCAUUAUAGUUGUCAUAUUGACUUCUCAAAAAGCCUGAGUAGUUUUCUAAGGUGGGUCCUGAUAGUAAUUAUUGGAAGAGGUCCUUCUUAGUGUCACUAUGAUGGAAUCGGCUUCCCUAAUUUUUGAAAACAUAUAUGAAUCUCAACUCCUAUCCUUAUGGAUAAUGCUUGGCAAAGAGACAUCUAAAAGAAUUCAAUAGUUUUCUCACUUCUUUUCAUAAGAAUUAGGAAAUUAAGCUGAUAGUUCUGAUAUCUGGUAGUGUAAGUGAUGUAUUCGAAGGGAAGCUGUGAGAUGCUUCGGGCAUCUAUGGUGACCUUGAUGGAAUCCUAAUAGAGCUGCCCCCAGCUCCAAUAUUCUAACUUCAUUAUGGGCCCUACUGAAUAGCAGGCCUACUGUACCUACCUACCACUCUCCCCUCAACAUCUUAACUUCUUCAUAAAUGCCUCACUGCUCACUAGAACAACAGGUGUGUCCAUGAACUCAUAGUUCUCACAGUGAUGGGAACCCAGCCACUGCCUCUAGCUAGCCUCUCCCCCCAGACCCAUUCCCAAAGAAAGUGGUGUGUCCAUGCACUCAACCUCAACCACAUUAUGUAUCUCGACCAGACAAGACCACAAUUGCUAGCCAAUCAGAAGACAGCACCACCAGGAUGUAGAGCAGGAUGUUUAACCACUAAAUCAUAGAAGGGUCCCACCCUAAGACAGUACCUGCACAGUAAUAGUAAAGAACUGAGCUAGAGUGAACUUAUGACCUAGAGAGGCUUAUUAUAAUAUCAUUACCAUACAUGCAUACCCCCCUAAAUGGGUUUUUCUGUAUGCAUUGUGGGUAACUACAUGAUCAGUUCUACUGAGACUGGGAGCCCUCCUCCACUACCUAAUCCUUUAACAAACUCCUCCUGCCUUUUUAAUAUUAAUCAUAUUCUUAUAUUCUACAUAAAUUUUGAUUGUGUAAUCAGCAUCACAUUCUCUAUAAAAUUGUAUGUCUUGCCUUACUGAAAUUGCUAAUUCUUCUAAGGAACUUAGAUAGUCACCAGUGUGUGAAACCACAAAACUAUAAUAAAUUUUUCUAAAUGGCUUGGA